AUGGCGGCGGCGGCGGCGGCUGUGGAGAUCGAAACCCUAGAUCUGGCUUGGAGCAACGAAAGCGCGGGAGGAAGGAAAGAAUUGAGCGGAAGCAGAGAUGAGAAAUUAUCGAUCUGGACGAGGAAAUUGGCUCCGCUCCCCUCCCACCCACCCCCACUACCAUUAAGCAUAGGCUCUGCUCCCCUCCACUCCCUAGCAAGGAUUCGAACUGUGAGAGCUAGCUGUGAUCUCGCGACACAACAGACGAGCAGGGAAAAAGAAGGGUCAAGGUACUGCGAGAUGAACGAGGAUUGUGAGAGCUGUGCUUUCUGGAGGGAUCAUUACUACUGGGAACACAUGGGUGACGAGAAGAAGCAAUUUUCUGCUGUAGCCAAGGGUGAUUUCAAGAACUGCAUCCGUAUACCCCGGGAACUUUCAACCCAUUUGAGGAGUAGGAUCUCUGACACCAUUAAGCUUGAUGUUCCUAAUGGUAGGGCAUAUGAUGUUGUGGUGAGCUGGGAGUUCGGCGAGCUAGUUCUUCGGUCUGGCUGGGAUGCAUUUGUAACUGCGCACCAUAUAGAAGAAAAUGACACAUUCUUGUUCAUCUACCAUGGGAACUCCAACUUUGAGAUUCAUAUAUUUAAUUCACACGGUUGCGAGAAGAUGGCUUCCUGCUUUCAACCACCUUCAGAGAUCUUUGGAGCCUUUCCUCCCGAACAAGCUGCACCUAAUGCAGGACAUGUUCAGACGCAACUUGAGUUUGACUAUACCAUGUCAAUUGGAUGCAAUCUAACCAAAUCACAAGAUGAGAAAGUUUUAGAAAUAGCCCGCAAAAUAAGGUCUGAGAUUCCUUUGUAUGUGGCAAUCAUGAAGAAAAUUAAUGUCAACGUGAAGGACUGUUCUAUCAACAUACCAUUGAGGCUUGUGAGCCAUUUCAAAGAGGAGACAUGUAGUGCUGUUAUCAAACUAGAAGCCCCUGAUGGCAACAUAUACAAUGUUCGAGCUAGCAAGCACAGUGAGGAUCAAGUUGUCCUCCAAUCUGGUUGGGAUGCUUUUGUAGCUGCUAAUCACAUACAGAAGAAUGACCUCCUGAUUUUUCAUAGCAAGGGAAAAAUUCGUCUCAAAAUUCUCGCACUGGACCCAAGUGGUCAUGAGAAAAACCCAUCAUGCUUUGACAUGAAAAUUUUCUCCAAGACUGGCGAAGGUUCAGUUCGGAUUCCUGACGCACGCCCUCGUACAGUUGAAGUUAUUGAUCUGACCAGCUCUGACGAUGAUCACACUGAGAGAGAAGAUGCUGGAAGAUCAACUGGGAGGCGGAAGAAGGUACCAGGUUCUCAUGCAAAAGCUCGGAAGAUGGCUCCAGCGUCAUCCCCAAGUACAAAAUCAGGAUCUGAUACUCACAAGCUGAAACUUCCCAUCUCCAACAAUGACAAUCUUCAGGGGCCUUCCAGGCCUCCCUAUAUUUUAGCCAGAGGGAUAACUCUAACUGGGCGUGUGGAGAAGAAAGUUCAGGAGAAAGUCCAAGCAAUUGGAUCUGAAGUCCUAUCUAUGUGGCAGUGAUGACCAAAAGCUGUGUUGGUGGCAAACUCUUUUCUCUGGGAUUCUGCAACGAAUAUGCUUCUACUCUGCCAAGCGGAGAUCAAACUCUCAUGCUUCAGCUGGAGGACAAGGAGUGGCCGACGACAUUACGCGUC